UAAUUAUUUAACUCGUCUUUUGUUUAAUACAGAUUUGUACAUCUAUGUCUUAGCCGUAUUACAGUGAAGAAAUUUUAUUAUUUAAACUUUGGAAUUUACUAUGCAAAGUAUAUACAGCAAAAAGACACUGAUUUCUUGAAGGAGUACUUUUAUGAUUUGUUACACUUUGAAUAAAUUUUGAUGUGAAAUCACAGGUCAACUGUGAAAUUUGUUGAAAAAAAAACCAGAAGACAAUGUAGUUCUAUUCUACUUUAAACAUGAUACUGCUGACCAUUAAAUUCCACAGACAAUACAGGCUAAUUUAAUACGGAUGAAGAUAAAGAAUAAUGGAAAAAAACUUUCUGAGCAGACAAUAACGUGUGGUUUAUUUAUGAGACAAACGAACUUCAAAAUGAAGGACAGAGUUCUACAUUAUCUACUUUUACAUUUUUCAUAAACUGCACCAUGGAGACACGCAGCGUAGAUUCCAAAAUCCUCACAGGCAACGUUAUAACCGCCCGAAAGACGCUCCGUAAUACAUGUGUGAUUCUUGUUGCCAUAGCAACUUUAUAUGCUUGUUUAACUAUCAGGAUUAAAAGUGGGUUCAACGUAGGAGCUGUAGAUGUAUUACCCCCUGCUCCUGUAGAAACUGUCCACAACAGAACAACCGCUUUUAGAAAGAAUCGCUCACAGAUGGUUCUAAAUAGAAAUGAAGUUUCAUCGAGUUCAUACCCCUACGCCAAUAAUAUUCAAUCAAAAGAUUCCAUUAACACUCACAGGAAUGAUCCAUAUGCUGACUCAAUGGAAACAAGGGAGAAAGAGAACGGAACCUAUAACUUUUAUGCUCAGAAAGAUAAAACUGCAUUAGAUGAUACAGAGGAAAGUACCCAAAAGAAACAGAACGUCCAUAGCAACAAAAAGAUAGUUUUGAUUGUGGCGUAUAUGAGGAGUGGGUCGACUUUAACAGGAUCUCUCUUUCAAGCAUAUCCGGGCACAUUCUAUGUAUUUGAACCACUCAGAUUUUUAGUUGGGGCAUUUAAUGGACUAGCACGUAACAAUAAAACAUAUACUACAUUGAAAUAUGCCAAUGGAACAAACAGGAACUACUCAGCAUCACAGAAAAGUAAAGUAAUUUUUGAUGAACUGAAUAGCUGGCUGAAUUGCAAGAUUGAGUCUAUAAGUAUACGAAGUCUAACCAACAUUCACCACAGAGAGCAUACAAAGGUCAUGCGGACGUUUUAUUAUUGUACGAAAGGGCGUUUGGGAUCUAGUGUAACUCAAGCUAACGCAAAACUUAAACAAUGUUUUAAAACAGCAGUAUCUUCCUGCGAGAAUGCACCGCUAAGGGCAAUCAAAUUAAUACGCAUGUCAAUUGAAGAAGCUUCAAAGUUGCUACCAUUGUAUCCAAAUAUGAAAAUUAUACAUCUUGUUAGAGAUCCCAGAGGAAUUAUGAAUUCUAGGUUCAAGAUUAAUGAAGUAACAAAGAAAAGUUUCAAAAAGAGCGUGGAAGGACAUUGCUCUUCAGUCGAUAAAGAUUUGAAAAGUUCGAAAGAAAUUCUGCAAAAGUUUCCAAAUAGGUUAAAAAUUGUGCACUACGAAGAUCUAGCCGAGAGACCAAUAGAAAUUGCACGAGCUUUGAUUAAAUUUGCAGAAUUACCAUUUGUUAAAGCUAUGCAAACUUUUACCCGUCAACAGACACAUGCAUCGCGUGAUUCAGGUGCAUUUAGUACUCAAAGAAAAAAUUCGACCAAGACAGCUAAUAAAUGGAGGUGGCAAAUGGACCCCGAAAAUGCUGGUUUUAUUUUCAAUAUGUGCAAUGCAAGCAAUUCUGUUUUGGGUUAUCUCCCCUGACUUCAAGAAAAGAACUAGAAAAAAAAAGCUUGAUAUGAUGUUAUUUCUGUUAGUAUAUGCCCAUAACUUGUUAUGAACAGAUUCAUUCCUAUGUAUACUGACAACGACAUACGACCACUAGCUGAUACGAUAAUUUGCCUUCAAAUCGUUUCUUUAUAAAAGCUGAUUUAUGCAUUUUCAUUUUGGAUUCAUUGUUAUUGUAUUUUCUGGUCCUUGCGAUUGAUAGAUGCGUAAUAGAGUUCCGCUUCAGCCGAUGCUAGGGGGCGUGAGAGAUGUUGCAUAUUUCAGGGCCCGGAAUUUGCAAGACAAUAGCCGUAAUCCCCCGUAUUAUUAAGGAAAUGAAAAAGCAAGAUUUCUCUGUGUUAAGUUACUAUUCGGAUACAGUUUAAAAUUACCCUUGGGCAACCCCAACACCUAUGUGUGACAAACACAUAUUUCAUAACUACUAAAAUCUUACUAUCAUUUAUCUCCAGUUUAAUUAAUACUAUUAUGUCAUUCCGUGAGGCGAAAAUACGACGUUAGGCGGGCGACGUUCAGUGGGCGACUUUUGUUGGUGAGGCAUUCAGCGUGACGAUGUUUGAUGGGGAGACAUUCGGUUGGGAGACGUUUAUUUGGGGCAACGUUCGGCGAGACAACAGGACGAAAUAACAAAGUGGUACAAAUCAGCCGGUAAUGAAGUAUUUCGACCCCCAUAGAAUAAUGACCCCCGGUCAUUAUUCUAUAGAAAAAGUGACCCCCGGUCAUAGUAUUAUGACCUCCAGAUUAUAGUACUAUGACUCCCCCACGUGAAGUAAACUGAACCUCACGAAGAAUAUUGACUCCCAUAAAAUAACGACCCCCGGUUUGCGUUUGUCCGUCCGUCCGUCCUUCCGUUUGACCAUUAGCCCCUGAUACCAUCACUUGACACAGAAAUCAGAGCAUUCCGCAACGGGAAAAGGGAUUCUAUUUCUAGACGCUGUAUCUUGGUGUAUACAUUUUUUUCAGGAAAAUAACAAUUCACAAUACGUUCACAAAACACGCCAGUGUCAAUAAUCCCUGCAAACUUCGUCGUUAUUCUAUGGGGGUCGAAAUACUUCAUUACACCGGCAUACAAAACCAUUCAUUCUAUUUGACGUUUGUCAAAACUCAUGGAAUUUUUUAGUCUUUUGGUACUCUUGGUAGUAUUUAAUAAAGCUAAAACCAAAAACCCUGGACAAAAAACAAGAUCAAAAUGGCAAACAAUAAUAUUGUGCAGUUUGCGAAUUUUUAGUUUGUUACACAGGGUAUUGUCAAUACAUAAAUUGUUGAGUACACAUUGAAAUGUAAAGUACCUACCAG